AUGUCUUUCUCCGUCUUCAUCGCCAUGGGCGCCAUCCUCCAGGCUAUUACCGCCUCCGCUGAGCCUAAACAAACUAUAGACCCCCCCCUCACCAUGCCCGACUUCGCCAGCUUCGCCCCGACUGUUACGACGUGGCCUACAGACCUUAUGAGCCUGCCCGACAAGGUUUUGAACGUGUUCACUGUCAUUACGGGCACGCACACUACUAGCACGACUGUUACCAGCACGACUACCCUCGGAGCUAGAGAUAUUCCUUCUAUUCAUCCCCAUCGUGUCGUCGGAGACGAAACGUUCGAGGUCAAAAAAUGCAAGCCAAUCCUGGAAGAAGGUAUUGAGAGACACAAGCUCGAUAAAAACCUCGUGGAACUGACCAGACUUCAACUUGAUGACACGGUUCGGGUCUACGAAGUAGCAAAGGCGAAGCUGACCGAGUUGCUCGUUAAAACCACACAGGAUUGGAUUAAUACGCGCGUUGAACUGGACACUUUGAGAAAGGAGUACGGGGUAUUCCCAGAGUCUCAGGUGGCCCCGAAGAAGCCUGAUGGAGACAAACCGAAUCCAGUCGUCUUCCCCACACCACCGAGUGACCCGCACUUGUUUGAUCUAGAAUACUCAAUCGACAGCGAGGACAGAUGGGGUAAAAAGCGUGACCUACCCACGUCUGUUACUCCUCCCAGCACCUUGGAUGAAGCACUCGCCUUGCUCUACCCUGGUGUCCUUCCUGCGGAGUAUAGCUUUCUGUUAUCCUCCUCUACCGCUUCUAGUCUAUCAGCUCCUACACAUACCGUGGAUGCCGCGCUGGCUCUUAUCCUCACUGGCAUCCUCCCAGUUGAGUGGACACCCACCGCCGUGAGCACCACCACCAUGAGCACCAACACUGCCAGCAUGAGCACCACCAGUACCAGCACCACCAGCACCACCAGCAGCUCUAGUUCCACCACCACCACCUCGCCCUCGGCGAACACUGCCUCCUCCGCCGGGUCCAAACUCCUCAAGCACUUCUCCACCCUCCACCGCCUCAGACGCCGCAAAGACGAACCCAAGUUCGACAGAUACUCACGUAGCUGGUUCCAAAAGGAUUGCCUCGACCAAGCCGCCUGUCUCCAAUGGUUUGGCGCCCCCUGCCCGCUGCCCGUUAGCCGACGCUCCCUGCCCUCGCACUCCAACCGCAUCGGCGCCAACCCCCUCAACCACGACCCGCCCAAACCUAACAUUCUCUCCCCGCUCUCCAGCCUCGACAGACUGGGCAUCCCAGCCGCCAUCAACGACCUCUACGACUCCCAACACAACCUCCUCGGCCACGCCGCUCAAAUCGAAGCCACGGAAGAAUGGAUCAGCCCCAUUAUGCCAGAAGACCCCGAGAUCGUUCCCACCGAUCCCUUUUUCGCAGACUUCUUUGGCGAAGACGAUAUGCCGGAAGACAAGGGGCCUAUUCUCUCGGUCGACCAGCUCAGGUGGGCCCACGAGUUCAUCUGGACGGCCGAGAAUGGCGUGCGCAGCCAUUGUAUAGAAAAUGUGGAUUGCGUCGCCUAUCUACGGCAGCAUUGCACCAGGUUGACCUUGGACGAUGGUUUCAUGGGCCAGCCAGAGCGGGAAUGGGAUAAUGGCAAUCCGUACGACUGGCCCCUGCAGGUCCCCGGGAUGCCACAGGACCCAGAACUCAGCAUUGCAAAUGGACACCGCUGGAAUAAUUUUUGGAUUGGCCAAUGA